AUGUCGCAGGUAAUAAUCAUCGGGGGCGGGCUCGCGACAUCGAUCGUUAACGACUCUCAGGGCCCGGUCCUAGCUUUGGCCCUACACAAGCACGAAAUCUCGAGUACGAUAUAUGAGCUGCGACCAAAAGCCUACAGGUCGGGAGGCAAUAUCGCGAUAGCCCCCAACGCCGCUCGGGUGCUGGACCACAUUGGUGUAUAUGGGCAACUACGCACCCAAGGGUUCAACUAUGAGGAGAUCUCAUUCGAGAAUGGUUCAGGAAAGGUGCUAGGGAAGUUUCUGAACGGAAGCCAAAAGCACUAUAACUUUAGUGCUCUUCGAAUUAAGCGUUCCCUUGUGCAUGACGAGCUCUUGGCCGCCUGCGAGCAGCGCGGCAUCCCUAUUCAUUACGAGAAGAAGUUCGAGCGCAUUGUAUCAGAAACGGAUGAGAACGCGACUGCAUUGUUCGAGGACGGAGAGGAAGUCACCGCCGGGUUCGUCAUUGGAUGUGAUGGCAUUCACUCAAAGGUGAGAAAUGAUAUCCAAGUUGUCCGGCCGGAAUUCAGUGGCCUGAUGGGUAUCAUGGGGUCGGUCAUGGAAGAAGAGCUUACCUCGAUGCAUGCAACAUCGCGCCCUCCUCUCCCUUCAAUGAUGUUCGGCGCUAAUGGUUCAUUUGCCAUUAUGCCGUCCAGCUUCGACGGCAAAGAGAUUGGAUAUUUUGCUACUAUUGAAGCACAAGAUCGCAGCCAGGACGAGUGGUCUCGAUUAUCCCAGAACAAGGACGAGCUUCAUAAGUGGCUCACGGAUCGCUUCAACACCUCCGAUUUACAUUGGCCUCCUCUAGUCCAAGAGCUUUGCGAGAAAACUCCAAUCGACGGUCUGACAAGCUGGCCAUUCUUCUCUGUUCCUGAACUUAAGGACUGGAAAUCCACUGCUGGACGAGUAAUCGUCAUCGGCGAUGCGGCACACGCGAUCCCACCGACCGGUGGUCAAGGAGCAGCUAUGGCCUUCGAGGAUGCCGAAACACUCUCUUACGUGCUAGGGCGCCUUCGCGACCUCCACCUUGCUCAUGCUGGUGGUAGCCAUAAGUUGUUUGCGGGCGACAUCCUCAACAAGUGGCAGCGACACCGACAGGAUCGCAUUGUCAAAGUCUUGGAUUUCACUUCCAAAAAUGGAACUCUGCGCAAGAGUAGUCCGCAUGUAUAUGAACAGGCGGCUAAGGAAUGGAUCAUUUGGGCUGCUUUCAAGUUCAUGGGUGCUGAAGCUGGCGCCAAGUGGCUGUAUACCUACAAUGCAGAGAAUGUGCUCGGCGUAAUCGUCUAG